GGUUUUGUCGGAGAAAGAAAAGUUUGUUAUUAAAUCCGGCCAGAGCCAACGGAAGUGUCUUUUUUUUGGUAAAAGCCAACGGAAGUUGUUAUUGCAAAGACGAAGAAGAAGAAGAUGGCUGAAGAGACACUGAAGCCUACUAGGCUACUCAAUUUCGUCUCCGAGGAACAGUUAGAGGAAUCGAAGAGAGAAAGAGGCGAAAGAGUAGAAGAUGGAACCUUCCAGAGAGACAGGGCUUUGUACGAGAUUUUGAAAGAGAACAAAGACAAGAAAGACGCUGAGUUUAACGAACGAUUCAAGCAUAGACCACCCAAAGCUCUUGAUGAAGAGGAGACUGAGUUUCUCGAUAGUGAGCAGUCUUUCUCAAUAUCAAGGAAGGAAUAUGAACGGAGAUUAGCAGAUGAAGACGAACAACAGAUUCGUAGUUUCCAGGCAGCAGUUUCAGCACGAUCAGCAAUCCCUCAAGAACCAGAAGAAGCUGCACUUCCACCACCAGCUCCAACCACUAAAGAACAUAAAACAACCGGGAAGAGAAACACUGCAAGUCGUCCAUUUAACACCAUCAUAACAGUCAAACCACAACCGAAGAAGGUUAAAGCCACAGAGGAAGAGAACAAAGAUAUCUCUGGCCCUCCUGAACCUCUGCAAACAGGUUUAGCCUUAGUCUCAUAUAGUGAUGAUGAUGAUUAACAUUUUUUUUGUUUUUUUUUCCUGACACAAUAAUCUAUACAAACAUUCCAUAAUGAAUGUAUAAAUUGAAACUUUUUAAUUUCCACUGUAUAUUA